AUGCCUCCUCGCCUUACGGUUAAACCAUGGAGGCCCUCGCGCCACCGGACCUUACGAUUGAAGCUGAACCAUCUGUUCCCCUUCUGUAAGAUGGAGGACCACGUCAAACACUCUCCCCCUCCCUCCUCCUCCUCCUCCUCAUCGGGCUCCUCCUCUGCCAAGAAGACCAGGAAGCGGAGGAAGAGGUUCCGAGGCCUCUUGCUGAUUCUGCGACGCCCCAAGUGGGGGUCGUCGGAAUUGGACAAGGUCGGCGAGCUGCCGGAGUUCAGUCGGCUCUCCGAGAAAGUGUACCCGUCUCCCGUGACGCCCGCGUACGUGAAGAGCAUGGCCAGGUGUGCCGCACGCAGAGCAGGAAGACUAGAAGAGGCCGACGACGAUGCCGACGACUACGUCGGGGACGCCUGCAAGAACUUUGAGAGGUACCUGGUGGAGAUGAUUGUGGAAGGCGGGAGGCUUGAAGACCUCAACGACGUGGAGGAGCUCCUUUGCUGCUGGCAGAAUCUAAGGUGCCCUGUUUACGUGGACUUGGUCUGCCGGUUCUACGCAGAGGUGUGCGAGGACAUGUUGUCUGCUAGCCAUAACAACGAAGGAUUAAGCAGAUGA